AUGGGCUGCAUGGUGCGUACCAAGGUCCAUGGUUACGAUAACCAAAAGCGCUUGAUGCCUCCCACCGACUGUUGUCGAAUUUCAGCAUACAGUUGGCAGAGCAUUUAUGAAGAUUACAACAACACCAUACUGCCUCCAAACAUACUACGCGAAAAGGCAAAUGUACCAGCCGAUGUGAUCACUCCCAAUGAUGCACGGCAGGAUGAUUCUGCAUACACAGUUUUCCAAAGUGAUUCACUUGAUGGCAUUAUUGUCGCUGAAGAACAACAUUCUCCACCUAUCGUCUACAAAGCGAUCUGCUCAACCCACUGGUUGCUCUAUCGCGGCUCUUUAUUCAACAAAAGCUGUCGCUGGACUACAUUGAUCGCAAGGACGAUGCUACCAUCCGAUUACUUUGCAGUAUCGCUGAAGAGAUUUUGGGAGAAGGAUGGCAAACUCGAAGAGGAGGUUGAGGAUGAUUUCAUUGCAAAGCACCUGCAGUUGUGGGACAAGUACGAGAAUGCCAAACAAGCACACGCUUGCGCUGAAUGUACCAAUGGCAAGCACGAUCCUUCAGCAAGCUAUUCGAGUAUUGAUAGCUCCAUUGGUGAUACACUUGCGGCGAGUUCUUCUUCAAAGGAUCCAGGUGCUGAUGGCCUCGACUAG